AUGCGUCCCCAAAUCUUUAUCUGGGUUUUGGCUGUUGUUACUUGUUAUGCACGAAGGAUGAAUGAUAAACUUUUAACAAAUCAAAAAUANCAAGAAAGAACGGAACCCAUGGAGAAGAAUCCUCAAUUUCGUCCCUCUGACACUGAUCUGAUAACGCAAUUGUUGAAAUUUAUGGCUGGAAAAUGCUUACCAACUGAAGGAUUGAUUGGCUUUGCAGAUGUUUACAGCAAUGAGCCAUUGCAAUUAAUUGGAGACAUUAGUUCCAUGAAAACCCAUUACUUCCUUACCCAAUUGAAGAAGAAGAAGCCCACUGAUGCCAGAUUCAAUAGAACUACUGGUAAUGGGACUUGGACACAGCAGAAUAAAGGCAAGAAAAUUCUUGAUGAGGAUGAGAGUCUGAUUAUUGGGUAUAAAAGAAGCUUGAGUUAUAAGCACAAGAAAGACUCCUCUUUGAAUGGCUACUGGAUGAUGACAGAGUAUUUCUGUUGGGAUUUUAAGCUUGUGUAG